CGCAUCACUUUUUUUUCCUCGAGCCUCUUUAUUUAGUUUAGUCGAGGCUGUUCGCCGCGCGCGGACGUCUCCGUUAAUGUGCGCUAAUGUCUCGGGCGCACUUAUAAGGGCAGCAGCGCCAGCGCGGGGGGCUACUAUGUCCAAAAAGUAUGCUUUUUUCCCUGGACGCUACCGCGAGGCUGUGCAUGCCGCUCUCUAGCCAUUGUUAAUUUUUCAUUUUUCUUUUUUUUAAGAUUAAAUCGCCCCCCCCCCCCCCCCCCCGAACUUGCGCGCCGGCCGAGGGAGAGCGACAAAGGGGUUAACGUAAAGAGCGCAUAUAAAAAAAAAAAAAGAAAAAAAAAAGACGAGAUGGAAGAGAACGAGCGCGGCAGCAGAGACGAGGCGGAUCGCCACGAGUCGGCGGAAUCGAACAGAGCCAUCCUGCCGCUGCUGCAGGUGCAGGGCAUCGCGCAGAACCCGCACCGGGUCACCAACUUCUUCAUCGACAACAUCCUGAGGCCGGACUUCGGACGCAAAAAAGACACCGGAGCGGUCCAGCAGCACCAGCACCGGCGCGGGGAGAGUACUUUGUCGCCGCCGCCGCCGCCGCCGCCACCACCACCACCACCGCCAGAGCGCCUCGGCAGUCCCGCAGCGCCUCAGACCGAGCCGGUCGGCAGCACGGUGCCCACGGAGGGCACCUCCACGCCUCACGCGGACACCGGCGCCAAGAAGCCAGCCAUAGCCGCCGAGGAGCCCUUGAAAGCCCGCGCGGAGAGCGGAGACCAGUGCCUAAGCUCGGACUCGGACAGUUCCCAAGCCAGCGCCAACGCAGCCCCGGUCCAGCAGCCCAUGCUGUGGCCCGCCUGGGUGUACUGCACCCGCUACUCGGACAGGCCCUCUUCAGGUCCGAGAUCCCGUAAACCAAAGAAGAAGAGCACCAGCAAGGAGGACAAACGACCGCGCACGGCCUUCACCGCCGAGCAGCUGCAGAGACUCAAGACCGAGUUCCAGACCAACCGCUACCUGACCGAGCAGCGGCGCCAGAACCUGGCCCAGGAGCUGGGCCUGAACGAGUCCCAGAUCAAGAUCUGGUUCCAGAACAAGCGGGCCAAGAUCAAGAAAGCCAACGGGGGCAAGAACACGCUAGCCCUGCACCUGAUGGCGCAGGGCCUCUACAACCACGCCACCGUCACCAAGGACGACAAAUCCGACAGUGACUGAACAGCGACCGCCCUCCUCUACACUGUUG